CCUAGCAUGCUGAUAAGUGUGAACUGAACUUACAUCAGCUUUGCCAGCUAUCAGCUGCCGCUUAUCAAUUCCUUUCGUCUACACAUGUAUUUGUGUUGUAUUUGUGUCAAUAUCGUUUUAACUAUAUACACUUUAUACUAAAGCGACUGUAUUCAUUAUGCAGCCGGCACUGGAAUUAAGCAUUUACACACUGCUACGCAUGGCGUUCAUUUGGCAGCUCAUUUCCCUGGCCAUCUACUUGGUGGGCACUCUGGCCAUUGCCGCCUAUCUCUACGACAACUUCAAGUCAUUGAUCAGUAUUAUAAAGGCACUGCUGGAGCCGUACUUCCAGCCACAGCUGCCGCAGACCUUGCUGGAUAAAUUUGGCAAAUGGGCAGUGAUAACCGGUGCUACAGAUGGCAUUGGAAAGGAAUAUGCCAAGGAAUUGGCACGUCAAGGUCUCAAUCUGGUGCUCAUAUCACGCACCAAGGAGAAGCUCAUAGCGGUAACCAACGAGAUUGAGAGCGAACACAAGGUGAAAACCAAAUGGAUAGCUGUGGAUUUUGCCAAGGGACGUGAGGCCUACGAGCAAAUCGAAAGGGAAUUGGCGGGCAUACCAGUUGGCAUACUAGUCAACAAUGUGGGCAGAAUGUAUGACUAUCCGGAGACGCUGGAUCUGGUGGCGGAAGACACCAUCUGGGACAUAUUGACCAUUAACAUUGGCGCUGUCACCAUGCUCACCCGCAAGAUAGUGCCACAAAUGAAGGCGGCACGCAGAGGCGCCAUCGUUAACAUUGGCUCAGGCUCGGAGCUGCAGCCUCUGCCAAACAUGGCUGUCUAUGCGGCCAGCAAGAAGUACGUCACAUACUUCACACAGGCUCUGGAGCAGGAGCUGGCCGAGCACAAUGUCACCGUCCAGCUGGUCAUGCCCAUGUUCGUCAUCACCAAAAUGAAUGAGUAUUCCGAUUCGGUGAUGCGCGGCGGCUUUCUAAUACCCAAUGCGCGCAGCUUCGCACGUUCCGCUGUCUUCACGCUGGGCAAAACGAGCAUGACAACGGGCUUCUGGACGCAUGGGCUGCAGUAUUUCUUCAUGAAGCUGGCGCCGCUGCAUCUGCGCAUGCUCAUUGGACACCAGUUGACGCGACGUCUGCGCCUCGAGGGGCUGAGCCAAAAGAAGCUGACUUAGUAGGCUGCAGGCGGAUUGCAGCAAUAACACAUAAAUCGUACAUUUUAAGAGUCUUGUAAAUAUUGGCGCAUAGUCUGAAUCAACUUAAUAACUGUAAACAUUUUUCGUACAAAAACCGGCUAUAAAAAUCAAUUUUUGAGUUUUUUUUUGCCAGCGGAUUGCGCAACUUCUGCAGUGUGCGAGAGAGAGAAAGAGAGAGAUAGAGGGAGUGGAGCAGAGUAGAAGCAGCGUCGCUGAUUACUGCACAAACG